AUGCGUAAGUCGCAAUUCCACGAGCGUCAAAACGCAGAAGAGACUGGUAGGACGUUUACAAAUAGAAAUAGGGAGUCGCGGUGGGAUCCAACAAUUUACAAGCCUUCCGAGUUCUAUGGCCAACUUGCCCAGUUGUUUGCGAAACUGCGGCAGGGGCUCGGUUCUCAACUUGAUAGAUAUCUUGGUUUACUGAAGCAGUUUUCCAAACAGUCACUGAGCACUUACGAACUUACAUCAGCGGUGGAAAAGCUGCUACCAAGUGACCUGCUAGCCGUCCAUGAGGAGUUCGUAGGAGUAUUUUCGGAAUCAUGUCAACUGAGUGCAAUUUCAAGAUCAGUCGAGGAAGUUCUCAUGGGAAAGAAGAGUCGAGAAUUGAAGAAAGGCUAUGUUCCACACAUCUCGUCGAUCAACGCAUUACUUAUAUUGCGCAGCCUUGAAAAUGGAUGGGCAGCUCCCGACGCCACAACUGGUCAAAUUAUUGGCGAUGGUGUAAAAACAAUGUUAGCUGAUAGAAUCGAUGCUGCUGUACACAACCAUAGUCAUUUCCUUGGCGCUGAAACUCCGAAUCUUCUCCGAAUGAAAUGCCAUUCCGAUUUUUAUGAGAAGCUGAAAGCAACUGUGCUCAAAACUGAUGCAGUUGCUGCCCAAGCCGUCUCAGCAGACAGUUCCGUUGCUGUGAUUCCUCAAAGCGAAUGUCUCAGAGAAGUCACUGUCUUUGAAAGCUUUUGUAAUGUUAACUGCGUUGCAGCUUAUGCGAACAUUUUCAUUCCAACAUUUAGCAAUACUUCUGUGAUUUCUGUACCAAUUAUUGCAUCUACAACUAAAUCAUCAUCAACAUUUCCUCCAAAAUCUUACGACGUUACUCGAAACUAUCGCAGAGCAAUUUCACAUCAUUCUAAAAAAUUCGCUGAGAUGAGCACACCGAGUACAUCAAAAGUCCAUUAUUGGGAUGCUGAUAUCGAAGUUGUCAGCGACAUGGAGACCUACUCUUCCGCGGCAGCAUGUUUUCCAGAAGGCAAGCGCAUAAAACGGAAAAGGGUGGGCGAUCUAGAAUCAAGUUCAGAUGAGGCGUUGCCGCCGAAAAUAACGACUAGAAAAUCUGCUAAGUUAGAAGUGAAUGCUCAUUCCUCAUCAAAUGAAACCAUAUCGGAUGACAUCGAAGAAACAUCGAACUUGAGGCGGCAUUGCAUUUCACCAUCACUGGUUGGCGGAAAACAUCAUUUUCCAUUGCAGUCGGCACAAUCUACAAGGGAAAGGUAUCUGAAAGCGCAUUCAAAAGCUUCAAAAGUAGUCACGAUCGAACUUUCUUCGGACGAAGAUGUGGUGGAUGAAGAAGAGCCGUUGCCAAUAGAAGAAUCGCAGCUCGCAAGUGAAUCGCGGAAGUUGAUUAAGUCGAUGGAAUCAUCAAUCUCGAAGCCGCGCGGCCGUACGGCUCAUCCAAUAAAGCCAGUUGGCACUCCGGUAUCCUCGCUCGAUAAGGACGCGAUUCAGAGGGCUCAGGCCAUAAUCGAAGCGUGGAGGUCAUCUUCUUAUGAAGUUGUUCCCGACGAAGCGGAGCUUUCUUCUAUUCAACGCAAAACGAUUCCGCUGAGAUCUAGGCGUUCACUCUACAGUAGCACGGAUCCUCUUGCCAUAUCAACAGAUGACGCAGAAGAGUCUGAAAAAACUCAAAUGAAGGUUCCACGGUCGAAGGCACAACGUCGUACUCGGACUCCCAAGGAAACUAACAAAAGAGGUCCGAACGUCGAAACUAUCGUGAGAUCGUCGUCGCCUCAUCAAGGAAAUGACGUCUUUUUAUCACCGAAAAGUUCUCGAAACAGAGUUACUGGGAACGAUGGAACAGUUCUACCACAAAGUGCUUCAGCUCACGAAAAAGGGGAAAUGCGUCAGCAGACAAGGAACAGUGAACCAUCUGCUCAGUUGGUAUCUUCGGAGACUCAGGGUGUUUCACAAGUACAUAAACCGCGAAUAAGGAAGGCGAAGAAGGUGGAAGAAUCUGUUAAGGAGCUCGAUGCUUCCCGAUCACAAAGAUCUAGUGGAAAAAUUUCGCAUUUGGAAACCGAUCAUAUUCAUGUUUCAAAAUCCCACACUCCACCACCAGACCAGGUGGUUCAAAACGCCGAAACUCUGUCAAGUCAACGCGAGCCUUCAACAACGUCGUUGCCAUCUUCAGAAGCACAGGUCAUUUCGCGAACACAUGGAUCACGUCGAGGACGACCCAGGAAAGGGGGACAGCCUGUCGAAACCAAGGGAUUGGAUUCUGCGCCUCCGCCUGAAAGUGAUCCGCCUUACUCUUCGGAGGCACCAACUUCAUCACCGGAACGAGCUUUCCAAAAGCCAUCCGAAGCUCAUGAAGUUCGGGGUCAAAUGACUGCAACGAGGAGUUUGUCUCCCAUGGAAACUCAGGAUCAUCCGCAGACGCGUAAACCACGAGGAAGGAAGCCUAAAAAGUUGGCAGAGUCCUUGGAGACCAAAGUGCUGGAUUCUGGGCGUUCACUUAGAUCUGGUAAUAAUAUGCUACAGGAAAAGGUUGAUCGUAUUCUCACUCCAAAAUCUCCUACUGCAUCUCCAGAACGACCUCUUCAAAAAUCUUCCACAGCUCUGAGCGGCAAACAUGGAACACCUUCAUCAAGUCAGCCUUUGAAAACGCAGGAUGGCACACAAAAGCGUCGUGCAGUGGAAAGUAAUUCGCCUGGUAAACCCCUCCCAGAGGACAAGACUCCUAAAAAUUCUAAACAUCGGGAACGGAGCAAAUCAAGUCAAGCUACGUCUUGUGACAAUGUCAAGCCUAAUUCUUCGUUGGGAUCAGAGCCUCGUUCACAAAAUGUGGAACGUAAAAUGGCUACACAGCUGCGAGACACAAAUGAUGUUACGUGUUCAUCCUCUGGUCCGGAGAGGGGCUCAGGAAGUCUCACGAGGGAAACAAAAAGGAUAUCUUUCGAGGAUCAGAUCUUUCCAGAAAGGUUCAAACACAGUGGAGCUUCAAAAGUCAGUACUAAGAGAGCGCCUGCUGGGAAAGACGACGAAUCGAAAGCAACCCGCACACUUCGAUCUUCAAGUCAGUCUAGUGGCGGAGAAGGUGGUACGGAGCCCGAGACAUCAGCGAGAGGGAGACCUCGCUAUAGAGCCGGCAAGGAAAGUGUACACGUUCCCUCCGAAUCAAUCUCGUUCAAUCAACGGACAAGAUCCGAAGAGAAGGGGAGACUUCAUCCCAAGAAAACUGUUGAAACGCACCUCAGCGGAGACGACUACGUUGGCGAAUCACGCAGAAAGUCGCUCCGUCAAAAAGGUCAGUGA